UGCUGAUCUUGCCGAAAUAAAAUAGUAAAUAAACAUGAUUUGGUAUCCUGUGUUUUGGUAAUUCUUUAAUAAUAGUUUUGAAAUCUCAAACAGACUGAUUAUUAUCAUAAUAGUUUAUAUUUCUAUAUUCUUAUUUCCUACUUAAAAUUAUGAAUUCUCUUAAAAUAUGUGGCAUAUUCAAGGACUAUCUUAGUGCAGCUCAAAAUGUGCAGAAGAUUUUGUCUGCUAAUGCAUGUCUCAAUGUGGGUAAGGGUACACGCUUGCUAAAAAAGGUUAGGAAAUAUAGGCGCCCUGAAGAUUUAGAAGAUCCUCUUUAUUAUGGAAAAGGUCCAAAGAAAGAAGUUCAAACAGCUCUUCAAGCUAUUGCAGAUCGAGGAUUUGCCAGAGAGCUUCCCCCUUAUAAACCAUCGACUGAUCUUGAUGAACAACUUCAUAAAAUUUGUAAGAAGAUCUUUGGACCUGAUCUGAGCAGUGCCUGGAAACAACAAUCACUAAGUGACCCUUUGAUGAAAUAUAAGGUGCUUACAAAGUGCAUUGAGACUUUCAGGAAAGAUGUCCCUAAUUCUUCCCUACACAAAAUGAAGACAAUUGAAGAUGUGUUCACAUAUUAUAAUACCCCUGUAGAUGGUUGUCUCCCUUAUGAUGCCAUGGUGAGAGAUAGCGAAGCUUUGCCUCCAAAUUUAUAUGUGAUGCCCGAGACACCAAUAUUCAACCCAGCAACUGAUUCCUUUUUUGAUGGAAUUACUGCAUUUCCUGGUCGCAAGAGAAUUAUUUAUACUAAGACUGGAGAAAAAUUUGAAAAAGUUAUAGAGUGGCCGAAUAUAUAAAUAAAAGAAAUAGAUUUUA